CAUCUAGCUCCAGGCCCCUGACUUCUUUUCUCCCGCCCGCCCGGUCCCGCGCCUCCGCAGAGCGGUCCUCGGGAGCCGGCGAGCGUUCGAGCGCCUGGGGAACUCCGUCCGCGCCGUCAGAUCGCCCAGCUCUCAUCUGUCCCCGCGUCCCCGAGCCCCUUCUUCCGAGUGACGAAACCCAGCUCCCAGAAUAACAAGCAAGACAACUUUCAAAGUGACUGUUGUUGACCAGUGUCUCUGUGCAUUUGUUUGGAAAGCUCAUGGUAGAUUUUUCAAAAGGACAGUAUAGAUUCUUUUGAAUUAUUCUCAAGGAGGACUGACUCUUCCUGAAGGUGAUACAGAUGCCAGAUGCCGUAGAGAACGUACCAGCAAGGGUGGCUGUGCAUUUUCCUCCCGUCUAUGUGACUCUGCCAAGACUCUGAAGCUGUCCUGAUCGAUACAGGGAGAAAAUGCUGAAACUAGUGGCCACAGAUGUCUUUAAUUCCAAAAACCUGGCCGUUCAGGCACAAAAGAAGAUCUUGGGUAAAAUGGUGUCCAAAUCCAUUGCCACCACCUUAAUCGAUGACACAAGCAGCGAAGUGCUGGAUGAGCUCUACCGGGUGACCAGGGAGUACACCCAGAACAAGAAGGAGGCGGAGAAAAUCAUCAAAAACCUCAUCAAAACAGUCAUCAAGCUGGCUAUUCUUUACAGGAAUAAUCAGUUUAAUCAAGACGAGCUAGCGCUGAUGGAGAAGUUUAAGAAGAAAGUGCAUCAGCUUGCCAUGACCGUGGUCAGUUUCCACCAGGUGGAUUACACCUUUGACCGGAAUGUGUUGUCCAGGCUGCUGAACGAGUGCAGAGAGAUGCUCCACCAGAUCAUCCAGCGCCACCUCACCGCCAAGUCACACGGACGGAUUAAUAAUGUCUUUGAUCAUUUUUCAGAUUGUGAUUUCUUGGCUGCCUUAUAUAAUCCCUUUGGGAAUUUUAAACCCCAUUUACAAAAACUUUGUGAUGGUGUCAACAAAAUGUUGGAUGAAGAGAACAUAUGAGCAUGUGAAUUAAGAUUGUAACUGCUCGUGAUAUAUUUGAAGGCGGAGCACUGUUGAUUUAUGAAGGAAAAGAAGCAUUUUUUGAAGAAAACACAUAUUUCAGAAAGACUUUGACCAAUUCAAUUGUCAAACAUUAAUGAUGUUUUAUGAGGCUCAUUUUAUUUGGAGAAAUGCAUAUUGCCAGAAACUGUGGUUAAAAGCUUCCUAAGGGUUAAGAGAUCAUGGGAAAGAUGUGUGACUACAUAAUGCCAAGAUAGAGUUAUACAAAGACAAGCAUGUAUGGCUCCAAACCUUGGGACAUCCUUUUCAGGGCAGUUGUCGUAGUGUUAGUGACACAUUGGAUAUUUCUAACAUAUACAAAGUUACGCAUUUUGGAUCACUUUUAUCCCUUACCAUGUAUAUGUACCUCUUUUAAAAAGCCAAGAACUUUCUCUUGCUGUCAUUUCUCCUUCUGAAACAAUUCCAUUUUCAAGUCUACCUUUUGUUAAAGAUUCUUUUCUUAAAGAUUUUUGUCAUUGACAUUCAAGAAUUAAGGCAGUCCAAUUUGAACCCUCAAAGAAAUAGAAAACUGCUUCUCUGAAAUCAGUAUUGUAGAAUCCAACUGUAUCUGAUGUUGUGAAUAAUGUCUCUGGAGUCGAGUUCUGUUUUUUACUACCAGCAGCGAUACUUCUUAAAACAUGAUAAUUCCCCAAAAUGUAAUUUUCCCAUACCAUUGCUUUGAAAUGCUUGUUGAGGGCUUCACUUUCAUGUUAUCCUCAAAAUGUUCUGAUGGAAUCUCCAUUUUUAGUACUCAAUUCAAAUGUAAGAGACAAAGUGAAAAUCUAGAUAGUUCUUGAUAUUAAGAUAAUAAAAAGUAAGUGGUAUUAAGAAAAAUAAAACCACCUUUAUUUUAGAUAUGAGCCCAUCUCCUAUCAGGGGCAAAAGGGAAAAAAGGGGGAUCAGGGGCAAAAGGGAAAAGAGCAUUUUGUUGCAGAACACAAGAAUGAAAAUUAUUGCAUUUCAAUGUUUAAUAAGUUUUGAUAAGUAAAUAAAGAAUGUCACUUUUUUAUUUAA